AUGUUGGACCUGGGCCUUCGAUGUUGUUGCUGGGCCCCCGCACCAUUUCUGGCGCAAGCCAGCGCAGUUCCAUCAGUUUCACAGCCUUGGGGCCUUAAUGGAAGAUUACGGAAGCCCUUAAGCUGCCUGCAGCAACGAGCUACUGCGCUGCACAAUGCUGACGCCCGCAAAGAAGUGGUGCAAGUGGUCGCAUUGCAGCAUGCAUUAUUUCGUCGUUCUGCUCGACGUGUCGUUCUUGUGACACUGUAUGGAUAUUCAUUCUUCCUUGCUAGAUGCCGAGCCUGGGGCUGGAUGCUAGUUGUUGGAGCUGUUUCGGCCCACUUGCUUCUGGCAGGCUUUUGGAUGACUUCAGCAUUGGUAAGGUCGCGCUUGGAUUUUCGCAGAACUCAGAAAGCAAGCUCAGGAAGUUGGGUCUUGGUGUGUGCGGCCCCAGGCAAAGCUGUACUCCGAAAGGUGUCGUCUGUGUGCUCUUCCCUGCGCUUUAGGUAUCAUGGCCAGCAGUACGAGCUGCAAGGUGUUGGUGCUGACCUGUCCGGUACUGCAGUCCCACAGCCAACAGAGCCUCUCCCCACAUUGUUGGAGCGACGGAGUCAUGGUGGGCUUGGAGCGAUUGCUGUGGAGGAAAGACAAGAGCAGUUCGGCAGUAACGACUACAGGAUCGCAGUUCCACCGGUUCGUAGUUUGGUUCUUUCCCGCUUACUUCGCCCGAUCUUCUUGUUCGAGUUGGCAUCUGUCUUCGUGUGGGGCCUUGACGGGUAUUGGCAAUUUACAGUCCUCUCCCUCGGGACAUUGAUGUGUUUCGAGGUUGGUGCUGCGAUGGCUCGUCACAAGUCGUUAGCCCAGCUGCGCGCAGCAGCUUCGCCAUCCAAGCAGGUCCUGGUGCUCCGCUCAGGCGUGUGGAUUUCCAAACCUUCCGUAGAUCUAGUGCCGGGCGACAUAAUACAAGUACAUCCCGACAAGGAUGUGCCCUGUGAUGCGCUGUUGUUGGAUGGGUCUGCGACCGUGAGUGAAGCGGCUUUGUCUGGUGAAUCGGGCCCCGUCGCGAAGUUCGCAGUGCCGCCAGAAGCACGAAGCCUGCACACAUGGGAUGCGCACCAUUUUCUGUACGCAGGCACAAAGGUACUGGCAGUUCAAGGUAGCAAGGAAGUUGCCAGUUGCAUCUGUGCCGUGGUGAAGACCGGCUUUCACUGCAAGCAGGGCAUGUUGAUGCGAAGGGCUAUGGCCAGUCAAGAAAGCAUCCGAGACAAGGAUACAUUGAAAGUGGUGCUUCUGUUGCUAGGCUUCGCCACUUUUGCAGCACUGCAAAUCGUCACUCGCGGUAAAGGUGAACAUGUUUGGCUGAAGAUCAGUAUCAUCCUCAGUUUUGUGAUACAACCAACCCUUCCAUUGCUUAUGACAUAUGCCGUCCAGCGGACUCUGGAAGUUCUACGGACGAAGGACAUCAUUUGCGCAGAGCCAUUGCGUGUAUUGGAGGCUGCAUCAAUGUCCACGUGCUUAUUCGACAAGACAGGGACUUUGACCACAGACAAGCUGGAAACAGCUGGAAUCAUGCUGCCUCAUCUGUUUACUGAAGCGGAGAGGAGUUACCUCGACUGCCUCGCCCCCCUGCAAGAUUUGCAGCUGACCACACCUGCUCACCAAAUCCUGUGGCACUGUCAAAAUGUUAUGUUGGAAAGUGGGAAGCUACUGGGAGACCCUUUGGAGACUGCUGUGCUGGAGGACUUAGGUGUUUCGCAAUGUCCACCUCCGGCUCGGCGUUUUGACUUUGAUCCAAAGCUGAGACGCAUGACAGUGAUGAUGGAAACGGGCUCAACGGUGCGGGUGUUGUGCAAAGGAGCUCCAGAGGCCUUGUCGCAACUCAUGGUUGACGUUCCGAGCAACUAUGAUGAAGCGGCAUCCUUCUUUGGCGCAUGUGGGUUGAGAGUGCUGGCCCUUGCAUGGAAGGAAGUGGAGGGAGAACAAUGGUCCUCGAUGACAAGGGAGGAAGCUGAGGAGAAGCUCCACUUUGCUGGCUUCGUUGCUUUCCAGAAUCGCUGUAAGGCGGAGGCUUCGGAGGCGGUACGCAUGUUGCGGCGUGCCGGUGUUCGCUGCGCAGUCGUGACUGGGGAUGCCUUGGCCACGGCUUGCCACGCGGCACACGAAGCUGGCUUGCUGGUCCCGCAGAAUGCAGCUACGGAGGACGGGCAAUUCCACCGGACACUCUUGGAGCCAGGCCUUAUCAUGGAGCUUCGCGAUGGAAGUUGGCAGGAACGCACGCUUUCCGCUCAAUCAGGUUCCACGCCACCGAGUAGAGGUCUUCCAUUGUCUGCAGCACAAAACCUUGUCAAAAGUGGGAGAAUCCUGGCCGCGACUGAAGCGGAACUAGAAAAAGCAGGUCAAGAAGCGUGGACUUCCAUGCGAUAUGCCACAAUUCUGGCUCGAAUGUCGCCGCCAGGCAAGGCAAGGCUUGUGGACGUGCUGAAGGGCGCUGGCACCAAGCUCAAGCAGCUGCAGCAAGGUCGCGUCGUUAUGAUCGGGGAUGGGGGCAACGAUGUCGGUGCUUUAGCUGCAGCUGAUGCUGGAGUGGCAAUAUGGCCGGCAAUGCAGCCAUUGGAUGUUGACUACUUUGAUGACGGUGCGAUGAGAGCACGGUGGCAGAGGUUGCAGCAAGAGCGUGCGCAGGCUUUGCAGCGCAAGAUUAGCCGGCAGAUCGAUGAGCAGAGGUCGUGGUACGUUCAGGAGGCGGAGCGGCGGCGACUGGCUGGUCAGCCGAUGGGAUGGCAGGAGCUGGUCAGGCUGCUCAGACAAGGUCAGCGGCGACUGGCUGAGGCGACGAGAAAGGCUAAGGAAGAGCAGGAAGCAAACCAGGCAGAUCAAGCUUCCGCGGUGGCACCUUUCACUUCACGAACUUUGCUAGCAGUGCCAGAGAUCCUGCGGCAGGGGCAGUGCACAUCAUGCUCCAUGGUCAUGCAAAUGCAGCAGCUGGUGCUGAGCACCAUCAUUGCCAUGUGGCGGUAUGCUGCACUCUCAGUGGAAGGCGCCCGGCAAUCAGAAGUUCAAAUGAUCUUCUCAAACUUUGCGUUCUCGAUUGCUUUCUUUGGCUUCAUCAAUGCCAAGGCCCCACAUCAGCCUGCUCGAGUUCGGCCGGCGACUACGAUUUUUGAGCCUGCCACACUUCUCAGCACACUUGGACAAGCAUUCGUGCAUAUUUGGGUCCUCUGUCGUGCAGUGUCUUGGGCAAAGGAGUCGAUGGGCCCUGCGGCCAUGGCGGAUCUCUUGCAGUUUCAGCAAUGGGCGCAGGCACAGCCCUUUGACUUCUGGGAUUCCCUUUCUCCAGGAGCUUUAUUCUCACGCCCAUUCAGGCCGAAUCUUCUCAACAGCGUGGUCUUCUACGUGGAGUUGGUGCAAGGCAUAAUCGGUUCUGCUUGUGAACUACAAGGGCAGACCAUGGAUACAGGUGCCGCCCCAGAGUCUUCGUGGUCGUUGUGUGCUUGUGUAGAUGGCUGUGAGUCGAAGCUGGUCUUUUUUGUUAUUGUAUCACAGCCGUCAUACAUCCAGGAAAAGUGA